UAGUGACAAGCGUAAAACGAAUCUCACGGAUGGCGCCUUGGUUUGAUCAGUAUAAAUUGUUGCUAUUAUUGUGUAAUAGCCUGCAUUCCCUGCAAGCGAACGGUAAACGUAAUACUUCUAAAUCCCGAGGCGUUUAAAAGGAACCGAAGACGACUGUAGGAGAAGUUUAAAAGCGAGCGUAUGGGACUGUUACCGCGACUGACCAACGCCUAACAACUUUGUGUGGAGCUCACUUUUUAUUACGUUGAACCCUGACCACGCCCACCUGAGGACCAUCACACGUGAACAAUGCAAAUUCCUUCCCAAACUCCUUUGUCAUUCUAAUUUGCAUUCCAAAAGCUCCAGCAGCUGAUUGGUUAGGCUUGAAUCCAAGAAGCUGAUGGAUCAGACAGAGGAUGCACUAUAUUAACACCACAUAGGGGAGACUGAACUCACCAUUGGAAGGUAGACACUGGGAUGCUCUGGAUGGAUACUGAACACACCUUCGUAAGGAAUGUUAGACUGGAUUUCCUUUGCAAAACAGAACUGAACUCACUGCCACUGGGAUUCUCUGAAGGAUUAUGUUAGUCAUUCUUUGGAAGCAUACUAUAGAAGUAAUUGAAGUCUGAAAUGUCAGGAUCUACUGAAAUACCACAACUGCUCAUGUCAGUGAAGGAGGAGUUCAAAGAAGAAGAAUUUGAUGAUUUCCUGCAAGAGUAUCUGUCUGCAAUUCCGAAAGUGGAAGAAAAGCCUGGACUGGAACUUGACUGUAAGACUGAAAUAUACACAUCACCAAGCUUGACCCACAAAGAAGAAGAUUAUUCACCAGUGGAAAUUAAACAGGAGGAAACAUUCUCUGAUUUGAGAGAAUAUGGUCACGAUGACUCUACUCCUACAGGACACCUUCAAAGGAUCCAUUCAGGCAAAAGGACUACAGGGGAAAGAAGAAAGAAAGUCAUCAGACAUCAGCAAUCGAAAACAAGGAAGAAACAACAUGAAUGCUCCCAGUGUUUCAAAACCUUUGCUGCACCUUCCACUCUUGCAAUUCAUCAACGAACACACACAGGAGAAAAGCCAUAUCAAUGUUCUCAGUGUGGAAAGUCUUUUAGUCAAAUGUCUUCUCUCCAGACACACCAAAGGGUCCAUACCCAGGGAAAACCAUAUCAGUGUACUCAGUGUGGAAGGACUUAUAGUCAAAUGUCUUCUCUCCAGAGACACCAUUCCGGGGAGAAGCCAUCUCAAUGUACUACACAUACUGGAGAAAAGCCACAUCAGUGUUCUCAGUGUGGAAAGACUUUUAUGCGAAUAUGUAAUCUCGAAGUACACCAGAGGAUCCACACCGGUGAAAAGCCUUAUCAUUGUUCUCAGUGUGGAAAGACCUUUAGUCAAACGGGUACUCUCAAGAUGCACCUGAUGAUCCACACUGGGGAAAAGCCCUAUCAGUGUUCUACAUGUGGGAAGGGUUUCAAAAGGAGAAAUGAAUUUAUAAUCCACCAGCAGACACACACUGGGGAAAAGCCCCAUCAGUGUUCUCAGUGUGGAAAGACUUUUAUUCGUAUUAGUCAUCUCAAGAAACACCAGAAGAUACACCUGAGGAUACAUACUGGGGAGAAGCCAUAUCAGUGUUCUCAGUGUGAAAAAGCUUUUACUGAAAUAGGUCAUCUCAAUAGACACCAGAGUAUCCAUACUGGGGAAAAGCCAUAUCAUUGUUCUCAGUGUGAAAAAUCUUUUACUGAAAUGGGUAGUCUCAUUAGACACCAGAGGAUCCAUACUGGGGAAAAGCCAUAUCAGUGUUCUCAGUGUGAAAAAUCUUUUACUGAAAUGGGUAUUCUCAUUAGACACCAGAGGAUCCAUACUGGGGAAAAGCCAUAUCAGUGUUCUCAGUGUGGAAAGACCUUUAAUAAUAUGGGUUAUCUCAAGAAACACCAGAAGAUCCAUACUGGAGAAAAGCCAUAUCAUUGUUCUCAGUGUGAAAAAGCUUUUACUGAAAUGGGUAGUCUCAUUAGACACCAGAGAAUUCACACUGGGGAAAAGCCAUAUCAGUGUACUACAUGUGGGAAGGGUUUCAGGAGUAGCAGAGAACUUACCAUCCACCAGAUGACACAUACUGGAGAAAAGCCAUAUCAGUGUACUACAUGUGGGAAGGGUUUCAGGAGUAGCAGAGAACUUACCAUCCACCAGAUGACACAUACUGGAGAAAAGCCCCAUCUAUGCUCUCAGUGUGGAAAGACCUUUAGUCGAACAGGUGAUCUCAAGAAACACCAGAGAAUCCAUACAGGUGAAAAGCCAUAUCAGUGUACUACAUGUGGGAAGGGUUUAAGGAGUAGCAAAGGACUUACCAUCCACCAGAUGACACAUACUGGAGAAAAGCCCCAUCAAUGCUCUCAGUGUGGAAAUACUUUUAGUCAAAUGGGUCAUCUCAAGAUGCACCAGAUGAUCCAUACGGGAGAAAAACCAUAUCAUUGUCCUCAGUGUGAGAAAGCCUUUAGUAAUAAGUCUCAUCUCAAGAAACACCAGAGGAUCCAUACUGGGGAAAAGCCAUAUCAGUGUUCUCAGUGUGGGAAGACCUUUAAUGAUAUGGGUUAUCUCAAGAAACACCAGAGGAUCCAUACUGGGGAAAAGCCAUAUCAGUGUUCUCAGUGUGGGAAGACCUUUAAUGAUAUGGGUAAUCUCAUUAGACACCAGAGGAUCCAUACUGGAGAAAAGCCACACCAGUGUUCACAGUGUGGGAAGUGCUUUAAUGCCAAACGCAAUCUCAAGACACAUCAGAAAAUACAUACUAGAGGAGCUCACAUCUAACAACCCAUCAGCUCAUGCAUACAGGGGAAAAGCCUUAUCAGUGUCUUCAGUGUGGAAAGGCCUUUAAUUGACUUUUAGUCAAAUGGGUCAUCUCAAGAUACAUCAGAAGAUCCAUAAUGGGGAAAAGCCACAUCAGUGUUCUCAGUGUGGAAAGACUUUUAGCCAAAUGUGUAAUCUGAAGACACACCAGAGGAUCCACACUGGAGAAAUGCUUUAAUACCAAAAACCAUCUCAAGACACAUCAGAAAAGACAUACUAGAGUUGCUCACAUCUAACCACCCAUCAGAUCACGCAUACAGGGGAAAAGCCCAACAAGUGCAAUGUUCAUCAGAGGACACACAGGAGAACAGACUUAUCGGACAAGAACUCACCAAAAGACUUAGAUAUAUACAAAGACUGAAAUAAAAACCAACAAAUAUCACCAA